GCAGCUGGUUGUCUUUUUACUUUCAGUCUGAGGACCAGCAGAGUGUUCUCACAACCAAGCCCGAAGGAUUUUAGUCCAUUUUUCUGCAGCUUUCUUACUUUUAAAGCCAAGAAAAAGAAGUCGUCUAAUGCCUACAGUUUCAUCUAACCACCAGUGUGAGCGAACUCCAGUUCAAGCUGGCCUCUGCUCUGCUCCCAUGGCUGAUUCUCCUCUUAACCACUCCUGGCCUUCCUUCUCCAGGCUCUGGAUGAAGAGAUGGUCCUUCAAGAGAGCGUCCGAGUGCAAGCCAUGUAGCCAGACCUGUGGGAAUCCCAGCACCCAGCUUGGUGUCCAGGCUCCCACUGGGAAAGGAUCGUCCUCUUCAUUACCUCCGGCCUCUAUCACAGAGGAUGUAUUCACUGAUAACACCAGUGAUGACCAGGAUGCAUCUUCAGUAGUCAGUGACUACGACUGUCCCUGUGUGGAGGCGGGCAGCAGCCUAGAGGACCUGCAGGGCCUCAGUUCCUCGCUGAUAGACUCGGAAUACUUCAAAGACCUGCAGGGAGAAUCGGUGGCCUCACAGGCUAUUGCAUCUACAGACACCGCAGCAUUCCCAGAAAGCAACGCACAGCAAACUGUUGACUUGCAAGUGUCUAUAAACAUAAACAGUCAUACCAAAAACCAACCUAAGCGCACGGCUCUGACCACACACUUCCUACAGGUCAUUGCACCAUCAUUUCCUCCCUAUGAACAACUUGCAGAUGAACCUCCCUCUGACUCUGAAGUCGCCCAGCUCAGUCCAAGGCCGCUGCAGAGUUUUGCCAUUGACAGCGAUGACUCCACUGGCUCUGCACUCAGUCUGAACUGGACACUUGAUCUAAAUGGACUACUAAGAUCCGUGGAAACAGUUAAACCAGCUCAAGAACUGUACGGAGUAAAGGACCAAGGCAAAAUGGAAUUGGAUGGAGAGCCAGACAUGGACAGCUUUCCGAUUUUGGUCAGAUCCCUGUCAACGUCACGAAGGCACAGCUGGGGGGUCCCUCUGUCGCCCAUCAACUCGGGCAGGAGACUAAGUCUGGACACCGCAGCUAUAGACAGUGAUGAAGACCAAGGGGAUGAUGACGAGCAACAGAACAAUCUUUUCCAGUCCUCCCAGCAGCAGUCUGGCAGCUUCUCUGCUUGUCCCGGAGAUGAGCCAGAUGGUUUCAGUUUGAGGGCCAUCUGUACACCUGGCAGGCAGCUGUAUUCUCGAUCAGAGAUCCUCGCCACCGAUGAAUAUUCCAGAGCAGCGCACAUUUCUCGUGUUGUGCAGACGUCCAAACAGGCCGCCAGGGCCGCAGGAGUGGCAGAGGAGUUUGACCCAGAAGAAAACCUGCACUCUACCGAGGGACAAAGCCAUAUGCUGAUGGUACAAAAAGUUCUGCAGGAGCUAAAGCUGUACUAUGGAGUGAAGCACAGAAACAGCAGUCCUGACAUCAAAGAAUCAGGAAGUGUCACUUGGUACGAGUUCCUCUCCAAUGAGAAUGAGGAAGAGGAGGACCGGGCAGGGAAGGUAGAGAAAGGAACAAAGGUGAAAAGGACCCUCAGCUCCCUAAGGAACAGGGUGACGGGUUCCUUCAAUAAAGAUAAGGGUAAGAACCGAGAAAAAGAGCUGCAUAGGGUGAAGGAGAGAGACAGGGAGGCCAAAGGGAAAGUGUGCAGGACCACCAGCAGCAGCACCAAUGGGCAUCACUUAGUACCAGGCUCCUUCUCCAGCUCUGCUACCUGCUCAUUAUGCAGCAAGAGCCUGCAGAAAAAGCAUGGCCUGCAGUGCAUGAAUUGUGUUGUGAAUGUUCACAAGAGCUGCAAGUCUCUGCUGGGUGAGUGUACCAGCACCAAGAACAAGAGAGAUUCUUACUCGAGGGGUGGCGGAUCAGUAUCUCCUAACCUUGCGCUGAAAGACCGCGACAGGGAGAAGGAUCAGGCAGGCACAGCCACAUCUCAGGCUGCAGAUGGCCACCGAGGGUUUCCCAGCAUCCCAGGCAUGACCGUUAGUUCGUUUGGACCCAGCACUCACCUUUCAGCCAGCUUCAACAGCAGCUUUGGUACCAGCCUCCGUCACCACAGUAGCUCAGGAUCCCUUCCCGGGGACAUGGAUGAAACAGAUGCUCUCCGCUCAAAACGCUGUAACGACGACGCCAUUUCUCUCGCCCCUUCCAUCGCUGAGUCUAUCAUCGUAGAAGAUUCACACUAUGCAGCGGUGCGGGCUGACCUGGAGUCCGACGCUCAGGACUUUGAGGCGGACUCCUGGAGCUUAGCAGUCGACCAGCAGUAUCUGAAGAAACAUUCAAAAGAUGUGGUGAAAAGACAGGAUGUUAUUUAUGAGCUAAUGCAGACAGAGAUGCACCAUGUGAGGACACUUAAAAUAAUGCUGCGCGUUUACGUCCGAGAGAUGAAGGAAAACCUCCAGAUGGACUCUGGCCGACUGGACUGUCUGUUCCCCCGCUUGGAAAACCUCCUCGACCUUCACACGCAUUUCCUGUCGUGUCUCAGAGAGCGGCGGCGAGAAAACCUCGCCUCGCCCAGCGAGAAGAACUACACUAUCAACAGGGUGGCAGACAUCUUAAUCGCUCAGUUCUCAGGUGAAAUAGGAGAGAGGAUGAAGGACUGUUAUGGUGAUUUCUGCAGCCACCACACUGAAGCUGUCAGCUUCUACAAAGAGAUGCUGCAAAAUAACAGAAGGUUUCAGAACCUCAUAAGGAAAAUCAGCAACCUAUCCAUUGUACGGAGGUUAGGAGUGACUGAGUGUAUUUUGCUGGUAACGCAGCGGAUUACGAAGUAUCCGGUACUGGUAGAGCGCAUCCUUCACAACACUGAAGAGGGAACAGAGGAGCAUGAAGAUCUGACUCGGGCGCUGAGUCUGAUUAAAGACACCAUCAAAGAGGUGGACACACUGGUUAAUCUCCAUGAGAAGGACUCCCGGCUCAGAGAUAUACACAACAAGAUGGAGCCAAAGGCACAGGGAAAAAUCAAGGAUGGCCGGGUGUUUCGCAGGGAGGACCUUGCUCAGGGCAGGAGGCGGCUGCUCCAUGAGGGGACAGUCAGCUGGAAAGCUGCCUCUGGCAGACUCAAAGAGAUUCUGGCUGUUCUGCUGUCGGACGUGUUGCUCUUACUUCAAGAGAAGGAUCAGAGAUAUGUAUUUGCUACAGUUGACAACAAGCCAUCAGUAAUUUCUCUCCAAAAGCUGAUAGUCAGGGAGGUGGCCCACGAGGAGAAGGCCAUGUUUCUCAUCUGCGCCUCCUCAAGCGAGCCAGAGAUGUAUGAGAUCCACACCACCUCUAAAGAGGAGCGAAACACUUGGAUGACACAGAUCCGGCAAGCUGUCGAGAGUUGCCCUCAAUCCGAGGAGAGGCUGUUCAGCGAGGAAGAGGAGGCUCAAGCUUCUAGGCUUCGAGAAUUUCAAGAGCGUCUGGGUCAGAUGGAUGCAGUGAUCGCUAAGGCUCUCACUGAGAAACUGCAGCUGUUCACAGAGAUCGCAGAGUCUGUGGCAGGUAUGGAGGACGCGGCUUCUCGGUCAAAACUGCUUCUCCGAGGAGACGCCUCAGACCUCCAGCAGGGGGAGACUCUGCUCAAAGGAGCCAUCACUGAGGUGGAAAACCUGCAGAACUUGUUGCAGUCUGGAGUGAAGGAGGAGGCUCAACCCACAUGGACAGAGGAGGGAAGCAGUUCUGGGGUUCUGCCCAGAAGAGCGGGCACUUUCGGGGGCUAUGACAGCAGCCUGACCAUCCUCAGUAACAAUGGCGGUGUAAAGAAGAGCUUCUCUGGCGAGUCUAGAAACAGAGACAGGAGCCAAAGAGCCAGCUCCGACCCUCUGCUCAAAGACCUCUGUGGAAGCCACACCCUGGAGCAGACGGUUGAUCAGAGCUGCUCCUCUCCUGUAAGAUGGAACCGCAUCUGGUCCAACUCCUUCCCCGAAGCUGAGUUCUUCGACAGAGUGCUGAUGCUCUCCCAGAGGCUUUACAGCCUGCAGGCCAUUGUAUCACAGCAGGACAGUCAGAUUGAGCUGCAGAGGGCCUCACUGACAGAGCGGGUUUCCUUGCCUGGACGCCACAGAGGAAAUGUGCUCCUGGAGCAGGAGAAACAACGGACUUUAGCCCUGCAGAGAGAGGAGCUGGCUUACCUGAACAAGCUCCAGUCUAAGCACAGGCAGGAGCAGCAGCGCUGGGAGAAGGAAAGGGAGAGGCACUGCCAGCAGGUGGAGGCGACCGAUGCCCGGCUACGACAAAGAGAGGAGGAGUGCAGGAAACUUGAGGAACAACUGGCUAAGGAGAAGGAGGAACUGGACAGGCAGAGAGAAACUUAUCAGAAAGACUUGGAGAGACUGCGGGAGUCUACUAGAGCUGUGGAAAAAGAAAAGGAACGCCUGGAAAACCAGAAAAAGAUGAAAAGGAAAACAAUUGAGGUGGCUCCGAUGUCUGGUAGUCUGAACGGGGAGCUCAUCUCAUCCUCCGGUCUCACCGGCUCCACCUGCGUGUCCGAGUUGCCGCACUCCCAGAAGCCCACGGUGCGGGCCAGCCUCUCCAUGGCGCAGGCCGACUAUCCCGAGCGGCCCGAAGUUACUGUCCGGCGGGAGACUGGCUCUUCCACGCUUCCUCUACCGCUGAAGACCGAGGUGCCUCUCCACCUCUUCAGCACCACCAACCAGCAGCACAAACCGGUUGGGGUGCAGCAGCAGAUCCCCACCAAACUGGCGGCAAUCAACAGCGGCAAAGGGAAAGGGAGCAAAAGUGGGAAAGCUUCGCAUCGCACCGACAGCUCUGCCUCGGUGGACAUGAAGCAGAUGCUUCCCCUGAAACUGUCUGCAAGAGAAGACAACGUCCUGAAGGCCAAACGCUCCAUCAGCCCCCAUCAGCACCCCCUUCAGUCACACUCCCUGCAUCACCACGCAGAUCAGCUGAGUCCUCCAGACCAGGCUGGAUUAGAUACCCAACCCACCUCCUCCAUCAGCUCCUCCUACCCUCCAAAUGUGCAGAAGCCCUCCAUGCCUGGCGUGCAGCCCCAUCCUCCCCCCUCCAUGCAUAUUCUCCAUUCUCAGAGCGGCGACUCCCUCCCGUUUCAACCCCACCUGCAGCCACACAGCCUCGGCCCAAACGUCCCGGUGAACGUUCACGGUCCCGGCGUCAGCGUGACGACGCCCUACACCAUCCCUGCAGAAGACCUGAACAAGGAGGAUGUGAUAUUUUUUUAAAGCUCCAGUCGCCCCAGUAGAUAGCACUGAUCCCCCCCCUCUAGUCCAGCCCAUUAGAAGGAGCAACCUGAGUUUUACUUUCAUUACAAAUCCACAGCUACUUAUUGAAGAAGCUUACAUGGAGAAGUUCCCAACUUUUUAAUAACAUUUUUAACUUCCCAUCCAGACUGCCUGUAAUAUUUAAUUUAAUUUUUAAUUUUAUAUACUUAAAACUAUGGGAUGCAAACGUGUCAUCAAACAAAGGAGUCCAGCAUUGAUUUAUUAUUGUUUUAAUAAAGUUUUUAUUAAUCCAAAGACAUAAACGAAAAGCUGAACAGGAUCUGACUGAAAGGAUUGUUUUUUUUAAAUUAUUUUCAACUAGAAGAAGUUCGGUAAGUUUUUGAAAAGCAAGAAGUUCAGUGAAGAAUAACUGCUAUUUACCGCACUCUCCUGUUGGUCCUGGACCACCAUGAAAUCAUUCAUCAGCACUGACCCAACUCUGCCGGAAGUUUCAUUUGCACACUGUAAGAGAAAAAAAACUCCUUUCCAAACUAAUAAAAGAACAUUUUAUGGGGGAAAAUGUUAAGUUGAUUGUACAGAUUUUAAGGUUGUGAAGGUUAAUUGCAGUUUUUGGUACUUGUGUUAAUUGUGCUUCUUUUAAAAAAAAUGUUGAAUUGUAGAUUCCCACCAAUGUUGUUCUGUUUUUGAAAUCUGACUAGUAUUUUAUUUCAGCUAAGGGAGAGCUUGUUUUUUUGGCAAAAUGAGUAAAUAUGUGGAGCGAGAGACUCAAAGAAGACCUUCCUUAAAAGGGAAGGUAAUAAUAGUUGGGGAGUUUUUUCCUUGUUUUAAAGAUAAUAACUCUAAUCUGCUAAUCGUGUUCUGCUCAGGUCAAAAAGGCCUCCAGAGUUGUAUUUAUACAUGUGGUAAAUUUGUGAAACACGGCUGAAUUUGAUCUUAAGGUACUGUACAGAUUAGAAUAAGGCCCUUAGUUUGUCUCGCCAAGGAUGAUGAAAGAAAAGAACUAAUUCUGUUAAGAAACUUUCUGUUGCCUGUUCUAUUGGACCUGCUUUAUGUUGCAUGUACUGUCUUUGUGCUGCUUUUUGAUGUUGCGUUGACUGAGAGCUGUGUCUUCAUGCUGGACUAAAAUUCAAAAACAAAACGGUUAAUCAGAAACAGACAAUGAGCAACCAGAUGGUUGUGCUCUUCGUAGUAGCGAUGCACCGACCAUAACUUGGUGGCCAAAGCUUGGUCUGCUUAUAUCUGUAAUUUAAGAAGAUAUCGGGACAUUAGAAAAGAUUUUUUGGGACUUUCUGCCAGAAGCUUUCAUUAAUUUGUUAUGAAGGAAACAGAGGAAAUGUCACAGCACGUGUGAGAGAGCAGUUGCUGGAAAACAAGAUUUUAAUGUUUCAGAACGAAGACAAAAUGAUCAUGGAGUUUAAAUUUACACAGGUUUUAGCAUCUUAUAUUCUAGGUAAUUAUGGCUAGCGUUUGUCAGCUUUUAGAUCCUUAUUUAACACUGCUGACAUUAAUCCAGACAAGUUAAAGCUCACAAGGAUAAAAGAGAGAUGAAGUCUCUUCAGCUCUCUGGUUAUCUGCCACAAGUCUUGCUCUCUCUCGCUCUCACGCAGCUGAAACGUACAGCAGCCAUAUGUCAACAUUUUGCAAAAAAUACAGUUUUCUUUUAAAUAGCUUCCUGCAUCUCUGUGCUUUCGCUGAUUCAUGUUUAAACGCCUAAGUGGGACCAAAACUAAGUCAUCUUCACUCAUUAACAGCAUCCACACUGAAGUGUUGCUGUCAAACAACCUGGUGGUGUUCAUGGACGAAGCUUUCGGCUGGUUGGAAAUUCAAAACUCUUUAGCUGAGCAGGAGUCACUGGUUUAGGAUGGAUUAAGCUGAAAAUCUGGUGAAUCCAAUCAAUUUCAAAGUUAAUGCAAGAAGUUCCUGUUUUAAGCUUUUAUCACUGGACUGUAUUUUGCUGGAAAGGUUAAAGUUCACAUUGGCAGUUUUACUGAUUACUGAUAUUUCAUUUUGAUGAAUUUUUUAUGUUUAAAAAAUUUCCAUUUCUCUUAAUUUGAGAAGAAACUGUGGCGCUUUCCAUCAUGUUUUACUCUCCGCAGACAGAAACUAAGCUCAGUAAGAUGACAGCAGAGCGUUUUGUUUAUACCGUGUAUAUUUUUGUACAUACUGUAUAUGAGCUACGGCUUUAUCUCCCCUCCUGUUGCUUAAUUUGUUCAUUUGUCAUGAACCUGGAUGUAAAAAUCAAGCGGAAGUCUGUUUCUGUGUACACUUUAAAUGCACCCACACGCUGGUGUGUAUGCACAGGACGCUACACCUGUGGACACUCUUGGCAGUAGAUGAAACCAUAAUCAUUUGUUGCUGAAAUUGAAGGCGGUCUCCUCACACUUGUUUGUGUUGUUGGAUUGAAGAUGAUGUCCACUGUCUGUUGGCUCUCUGGUACAACUCAUGGUUGAGGUUUCACCAAGAUUAUGCAUCAGUUAAAAAUAUAAUUGUUUUAUAUAUUUUGUUUUUGUGGUUUAAGCCAAAGACACAUUCAGCUGACUCUGUUCCUGUCUGUGUUCUUGCAUGAAGGAUUCAAGACACUGUGCUGGUUGUGUGGUUAUCCACAAGGUUUAUUUACUUGCCUAUAAAAAAGAAAUCCUUCAGGGAGUGUCCAUAACAAUUGUUUACAACGUAUUUUAGUCCAGAACACAUCCCGCGUUAGGUCUGGUUUUUGGAAACGUGUGCUCCCUCAGCCAAAUUACAGAUCACGCCUCAUGUGGACGGUAAAUAUGAUGAUAAACCAGUUGGAUGUCAGUGGGAUCAGUAGGUAUGGGCUGGUAUGAGUUUCUCACCUCAAAAAAACAUGUACACCAUGAUUUAAUUCCUAAUAUUUAAGACAAAUGCUGUUGCUGCUAUAAUACUAUAGAAUAUUUAUUAGCAAUGUUUUGUUAGAUAGGCUAAAGCAACAUAUAGAAUAAACACCUGCUAAAUCUAGUAUUUGUUUCCAAAUGCUAAUUGAGCUGUAAUAUUACACAUUCUGCCGUUCUGCUCUUGCUAGAAUAAAACCAGCAUUACCUGCUGAAAUUAGCUGCCUAGUCAGGCUAUCUGCUCAGGUAGCCAGCCUGCACUCAGACAUGCUGUUUGUAGCUUCCUAACUGUAGCUUUAAAACAGCGUUGUCUUAAAGGGGGGGGUGGUACUCUUUCAGUUUCAAUCCCCAUGUCCGUCUCUGCUUUUUAACCACUGGAAAUAUUUUCAGGCAAUGGAAUUUGCAUUUCUUCUAAAUGUUUCAAAAAAGGCAAUUGCUUUCUUUCAGCCAGCUAACCAGCAAUGAGCAGCAGCAGCCAGUGAGGGAGGGGGCAGCGCAGCAUCACGCUGUGCUCUUUACAGCUGGAGAAAACUAAUUCCUCCAGUACAUUUUUCUGGAAUCUCAUUGAAAUGAUUGUAAACUGUAGAAAUUUACGACGUAGCUUUUUACAAUUUUAUGAAAGCCUUUAAAACAUUGAUGCCUCAAACCGGCCCAUGCCAAGUGCCCGUAUUCUGGCGUACUCCACAUUUAUAAGGUGUUAUGCUUUUAGAAAAUGUUUGUUUAUAGAUGUGUUUAUGUGCUUGCUCACAUACGAAGGAAUCAUUUUAAAACGAUCCAACCUCCAGGCUCUUCCAUACUCUCAAGGGCAUCAUUACUGAUUUUAAGCCAAAACUAAGCUUACAGACGACAGCUCUUUGUCUAUGGUGGUAAUGACCAUGUCUUGUGGUCAAGAGUUGAACCUUGAGAUGGGAUUGUUUUGUCAAGGCAGUUCUCUAGGGUGAAAUAAUGUUAUUGGGUACGUUCUUAGCUCUGUAGCAGAACCUGUGUAAAAGCACUUCAGCUUUGCUCUGGAGUUUGGUUAUUAAACCUCAGUGGGUUGGAGGCUCCCAGCAGGUGCCACUGCGCUGAUCAAAUGAAGUCUUAAAAGUUGCAUCACUGCACUCAAACGCUUAAUGUAUUUGACUUGUAUAUUUCCUAAUGCCGCCACUGUGUUUGUGUUUGUCUGCGUGUGCUAUAAAGCAGAAGAAGCAUUUUAAACUGUUUCCAUGCACACUUGCUGGACCUGUAAUAUGUAAAUAAUCAUGCAAAAAAUUUUAUUUCCUCUGCCAAUUUUACACUAGUCACUUUGUUGGAUAGUAGCAUACUUGAAGGGGAAAAUAAAUGAUUGUCUGUUGAUGUUUUCUGUAAACUUUACCUGUUUGUACCAAUACUUAUGACACCUGUAGCAAACAGCUAAAACUGAUUUUGGUACCUUUAUUUUUUGUUUGUUUUAUUCACACCGUCACAUUAGAGACCUGUGAGCACAAAUUGCUGCCUUAGAGAAACCUAGUAAUAAAAAAAAAAUUCUCAAAAUAA